CGGUCCCUACGCACGGCCGGCCGGGGAGGCAGAGCGCAGCGCGGCGGGACCCCGGGGCUGGGACUCGCCCCACCGGGGAAGGUGGCUGCUGAGGCGCGGGGCGGGGGGUCUCCGAGCGGGUCCCGAGCCCUGCGCCCCCCGACGGGGCGUCGAUCCCUCGGCCGGGGCGGCUCCGUCUCUGCCCCAUUCGCAGCCGGGACGGGGCGCGGGGGGCCCGGACGCGCGGUCCCUUCGGGGCGAGCGAUCCGGCCCCUUGGGAGUGGGGCUCGGGGGUGCCUCUGAGCAUGAUGUCCAGGGCUGGUGCCAGCUGCGGACACUGCUGAAAGGAUGUUCACCAGCCACCCGCCCAACACUACCCUGCUGGGGGCACCCUGCAGCCCCGGGGCACCCCUCCCCAUGCCUGUUGGCGGCUUGCGGCUGGGGAACUCCUCAGGGGGCCAGGGGGGGCCCUCGCCAGCCAUGCCCAUCUUCUCCAUGAUGCUGGGCGCCGUCUCCAACGUGGUGGCCCUGGCCAUCCUGGCGCAGUCCUACUCCCGCUUCCAGCGCCGCUCCAAGGCCACCUUCCUGCUCUUUGCCAGCAGCCUGGUCAUCACAGACUUCGCCGGGCACGUCAUCCCGGGCGCCUUCGUGCUGCGGCUCUACGCCACCCAGCUGAAAUGGGACGCCAUGGACAGCACCGGCGCCAUGUGCCAGUUCUUCGGCGCCUGCAUGGUCUUCUUCGGGCUGUGCCCGCUCUUCCUGGGCUGCGUCAUGGCAGUGGAGCGCUGCGUGGGGGUGACACGCCCGCUGCUCCAUGCCUCGCUGGUCACCUCUGUCCGGACCAAACUCACCCUGCUGGGGCUCUGGGGCUCCGCCCUGGGCAUCGCCCUGCUGCCCAUCUUCAGCUUCGGGAGCUACACCAUCCAGUACCCGGGCACCUGGUGCUUCAUCAAGGUGCAGCCAGUGGAGAGCUGGCGCGAGGUGACCUUUGCCUUGCUCUUCUCCCUGCUGGGCCUGGCCUCCCUGCUGGUCGCCCUGGUCUGCAACACCCUGAGCGGGGUCAGCCUGGUGCGGGCGCGGCUGCGGGCCCAGCGCAAAUGCGGGCAGCGGCGCACCAAGGCCCAUGACAUCGAGAUGGUGGUGCAGCUGGUGGGCAUCAUGGUCGUCUCCUGCAUAUGCUGGAGCCCUAUCCUGAUCUUCGUGGCGCUGGCAGUGGGUGACAGGGCCGGCUCGCUGAGCUACCAGAAGCUCCUGCUGCUGGGCGUGCGCCUGGCCUCCUGGAACCAGAUCCUGGACCCCUGGGUGUACAUCCUGCUGCGCCGGGCUGUGCUGCGCAAGCUCUGCGGGGUGCUGUGCUGCCAGCCGCCGGGCAAGGGCAGCCGCUUCGAGCGCUGGGAGGUCAGCUCCUUCCACAGCUCCGAGCGCAGCAUGGUCGGCCGCUCGUAGGCGCCCGGCCGGCCGAGACAGGGUGGCUGCCCCGUGCCCCUGGCAGCGCCUUGGCACCAGCGCCGGCUGGAGAGGCGCUCGGGGGGGGGGACGUUGGAUGCUUCUGGGGCAGAUGAUGGUGCUGCACCCGCCUGAGGGGGCCCCCCUCCUGCUGCAGCGGUGGCAAGAGCUGAGCCAGAUGCAAACGGAAACCUGGGUGGGGGGGCCAUAGGUGUCUUACUCCUGCUUCCCUGCCUGCAGCAAUGGUGCUGCCGGGGCCCACCCAGCUCCUGGCUCGAAGCAGGAGGCACCUUGGAAAUGGGGUGAGAGGUUGCACAGGUGUUUGGGCAUGCACGGGGGGCGGCGCACAAUGCCAUGGUGAAAUGCAGGAGUGGUGGUGCAGGAUGGUUUGUACGCAGAGGACCUGGCCUGAGAGGUAGCAGCGCCUAGUAGUUACACUCAGCCUGUGCAUCAGGACACCGGGGUUCUGAGCAAACCAUAGCUUUGGGGGAGCUCAGGGCCUGGGUCUCUCCAGGGAAGCAGAAUAUUGAACCAGGCCUGUUUAACAUUUGGGGAAACUGAGGCACAGUGAAAGGAGGUGAUGGCACCAGUCUAGCAGGGCCCACCUGCCGGGGCUUCCUGCUGCCCUGACUGAAUCCAUUCUGCCUCCCUCAGUCCCCCCUGGAGGGGAUUCGUCUUCGCUUCCUGGCCUGACAUGGGCAGUGUUGGGAUGUGGCGGUUAGAAAGCUGCUGUGCCCCACCCCAGAGGUGACUGCAUCCCAGUGCCAAGCAAGGGUUUCCUGUAGAAGGAGCCCACACAUAUACCCCCCCCCCCAGAGGUGGCUGCAUCUCCUUGGGAUUGUGUAUACUGCACAAAGUGCCCACAGCUUGCUCUCAACCCAGGGGACAGCUUCCCCCUUGCACCAGGCUGCCCUCCCUGUUCACAGGCCCCGGCUGAGCCCCCUGGCCCCAGGCUGAGCUGGAGUGGCAAGUAUUUGAGGGGGGCAGGUUGGGAAUAAGCCCCCACUGGACAUGGGGGUUGAGGUAAAGGUACGUGGGAGGUGCUCUGCUCCCUUCCCCAAGGGGCUGGUGCCAUUUCCAGGAUGGCUGGGGAGUUGUCCCCCACCCCACCCCAAUUCUGCCACAGGCCCCCAGCCCCACUCCCCUAGGCCUUGCUUGGGGCCAGCCACCAUCCGCAGAACUCCAGGACAUGGGGGGAGCUGGAUGGGGGCUGGAGGGGGGGUUCAGGAGUGAGUCCCCAGGGGCCACAGGGAAAGCCGGGGUGGGGGGACGCUGGCCCCAAGCAGGGAAUUCAUUUCCCAGCAUGCUAGGGGGUUGGCCCGCAGGGCGGCGCUGGGGGCUCUGUACAAUAAAGAGCUUUUACCAAUCGCUCUGGUGUCUGGGCUUUGGUUUGUGUGCGAGUCCCCAACUCACCCAUUCACAGCUGGCAGCCUGAAU